AUGGGAAGCGAGGCAACUCUAGUUUAUACUUUGCUACAACGACUAGCUACCGCCUUCAAAACUCGAGACCUUGGCACAUCAGGUUUCUUCUUGGGUAUUGAAACUGUUGCAGUGGGUACAAGUCUGGUUCUUUCACCGUGGCGCUAUAUGACUGACUUACUUAGUCACUCUGGGAUGGUGGACUGUAAGCCACUUGCCACACCAGCUGCUGUCACCCAGCCGGUUACUCCUUCAGAUCAACCUUUUGAGAAUCCGACACAAUACCGUCUCAUUGUGGGCGCCCUUCAAUACUUGACUAUCACCCGGCCUGAUCUAUCUUAUGCGUCCAAUCAUCUUUGUCAGUUCAUGCACUCUCCGUCUGUUGACCACUGGGGCCUAGUCAAAUGCGUGUUACGAUACAUCAAAGUUACUCUCAAUUAUGGGUUACGCCUGUCACCUUCGUCCUCCGUUGCCAUUCAUGCCUUUUCAGACUCUGACUGGGCAGGUUGUCAGAUUGACAGAACGAACACGAGUGGGUAUGCUGUAUAUUUGGGGUCCAACCUCAUUUCUUGGCUGUCUAGGAAGCAACGCACCGUUGCAUGUUUAUUUAUUGAAGCCGAGUACAAAGCUCUACCCGAUGUCUCUGCUGAAGUCACUUGGGUUGUUUCGCUACUACGAGAACUUGGGUUACACUCUGGCCAGCCGUCGACCUUGUGGUGUGACAAUCUCGGGGAAAUAUAUCUUUGUGCCAAUCCCGUUUUUCACGCACGCACCAAACAUGUGGAAAUUGACUAUCACUUCGUCCGUGACAAGGUGGCCUCUGGGGACUUUAUUGUCAACUUUGUGUCUACUAAGCACCAGCUUGCAGAUAUCUUCACCAAACCGUUGCCGGGUCCAAGUUGA